AUGAAUUUUACUAACGAGAAUAUGCCUAAAAAUGUUUAUUAUCCAUCUGUUUUAAAAUACGAAUCUUCCAGCAAAAUACGAAAUAAAAAUCCACUCCUAGAAAAAACAAAAAGUGCUCAUGUCAUUUGCAAAAUUCCUAUUCCUUUCCAACAAAUUAGUCGAUAUGAAAAGGCUACACGUAUGUUGCAACCGGCUAAAUAUCAUGUGGAAAAAUUGGAGAGACGAACCGUGGUUAGUGAUGAAUUUUCGGUUGGUGAUAAAGAUGAGCCAUUUUUAGGUUCAAGUCCGGGAAAAUGUAGCCAAAGUCACGGAUGUUUUUUUGGUUCCUACAAAAUGAGUAAUCUGUUGAAUAAAGACUAUGAAUGUGACUGUAAAUUAUCUCACGCUAGGAAAACUAGAAAGUUUAGUAAAUGCGCACAUUUCCCUAUGGUGAAUGUGGUCAUACCCUUCCAUGAGAUUGGAGAGUUACGACGUAUUCAUCAUGAGAAAGCUGUUAAACACAUAAUAGGACGUUUGACUUACUUGUCUGUUGUUCAUCUUGUUCAGUGGUCCAAGUCGUUUCACUAUGCACGAUGCAAUAUGAUUGUAUUAAUCAACAGUAACGCUACUUCCUGCAUUCAGUCAGUUGUUUCUCAGAAUAUUUCAGCGUCAGCUGCUUAUAGACCGACUCAUAUCAAACCUAUGGAAGUCGGUAGGGAUAUAAUACCCGACAAAAUUGGGAGAUGUGAGCUAAAGUGUUAUACUAUCACUUUAUUUAAUAUUUACUCAUUACUUUUCAGCGGAACUAUUCUCGGUGUGAAUCGAGAACAUUUGUUCACAGUUGCUCCGAUAACAGAAAGUAGAAAUUUCUUUACAAUUAUGAACUUAUAUGACAUGUUAUCUCACAGCAGUCUGCAAAUCAAUACUAUGUCCGACAGCAUUUUACCCUUAACUUAUGAUCGUGUUAAUAUCAUCAUAAUAUGUUGUGAACUGUUCAGGUCAUUGACCACGAUAUUGGGUGUUCAAUAUCCAACAUCAAUUAAAGCACUGUCUCUAGAACUAAAUAAAGACCAUGUGGUUAAGGCUAAUCUAAAAAUAUUGCCGAGAUAUUGUUGCCAUUAUUUAAGUUUAUUUGUUUUAUCCCCUAAAACUCCGUUGCAGAUCAGUGUUGUGAACUAUCAUAUUCAGUCACUAAUUUAUGACACUGAAUCUGUCAUAAUAGAGGCUUGCAAAGUGUACUGUAUUUCAGUUGAUACCUUGGAUGCUGUUUGCUCAAUACUUAUAGGUACAUCUCGAACACUGGGUGGCGUGUACGUUGUCACUAAAGCAAUAUCAGUAUCUGGAGAAUCGUGUAAUUAUUUGAAUUCCUAUAGCUCAUUCUCUCAUAAAACUUUAGGAUGUGAAAGUGUACCCAGUUGUAAUUCAUCGUCCAUUCAAAACAGCAACAUCUUAUCUUUUUUACAUGAUCGUAAUAACAAAAGUGCAUCUGAACUAAUAGUACGGUUCACCUCAACAAUGAUAUUCUGGUGCGUUGAAUCGAAUGUCUCACCACUCUGCUAUCCUCCGGUUGACUUGAAUGCUACCGUAACUAACAGCUAUUUUCGAGAGGGUAAUUGGAAUAUAACCGAGAAGAGCAUUGAACUAGAAGAUCCCUCAUCAUCCUAUAGAAUGUAUUCUGGUGUUUGUGAGGUGAAUUCACCUUUUGUACAAGAAUCUGUUAGCACUAUCAGUAAUUCAACUCUUAAGGUGUGUCCAUUGGUUACAGAAGCAUCAGUUAUCAGUGGCUUUUUUGAUUAUAUGAACACGCAAAUCUACGUUUCGUUCAAAUUGAAUCAGUCAAAUUGUAUUGGUUUGUAUUCCAGUGUACAUUGUUUUCUAUCUGUGUGUGAGGAUUGUAUCAAAGUAAACAAUGAAGUAGGCGUGAUGUCACAUUUGAAGCACAUAGUAUCUGGAAAUUUCUUGGUAAAAUUAUUGAUAUCUCAACAGGUCAUGAUACUAAGUUUGCAUACUUUUAUGUCUGUGUCAUACGGUGUCAGCAUAGUUGAAAACCUUAUACUUAAUUCAGUUAUUCAGUGUAAACUAUUCACAAGUAUUAUUACUACAUCACAAUGUGAAAAUCUGCUAUGUAGAAAAUUGUUGAAAGUUAAACAACAAAGAUGUUUUUGGUUUGAUUGGUUUUAUCAUUCAAUUAUGAUAACAUUUUCAUUUAUUGGGGCUAAAAUAAGUGUCGCUGGAUUUAAAUCUGAUGAUCAAUGGUCAUUAGUGGGUAUAUUCCUUGCACUGACAACAUGUUCUUGCAUAUUUCUGUACAAGAAUCAUAAAUCACGCUAG